UCGCUAUGGAUACGGUAGCGUCGCAAUCAGCGAGGAAGCUGCUACAGUUUCUUUACCCGCCGUACAAAAUGAUGCAGUGCAAAACAGCCUAUAAUUCGUUUACAAGAGCGGUACUUCGAUAAAUGAGAGAUCAUGGAGCAUGAUGAUGAACUGAAUGACUUGCGGCUUCAGUUCCAAGCGCUACAAAAACAACAAGAGAAAAGAAAACUGGAAAGGAAAAAGGAGAAAGAACCAGAGAAGCUCAAUGGCAGCGUUACCCAGGAUGAAUUGGAUCUAUCUAAGCAAGGUAUUCAUACAGACAAUCUCGAAGAUAGACUGCCACAGAAUGAGAAUUUGCUGGACCAGCUGAGGGAGCUUAAGGAUGAAAAUGGUCGGCUGUUCAAACUUGUCAGUGAAAAGGAUUUUGAGAUUAAACACCUGAAGAAGAAAAGAGAAGAAGAACGGCUGGCUUUAGCAGGCACAUCGGGCUUGGCAGGGGACAUAGCAGCCACCAAGAUUGUUGAGCUGUCCAAGAAGAAUAGAGAGCUGACUGCUGAAAUUGAGCGAGAAAAGAUUAAAUCCAGGCAAAACAGCAACAGAAUCAAAGAGCUUGAGAAGGAGCUGCAGGCCACUUUGGUGCACUCUCCAGCCGGGCAAAAGAGUGAUAAAAAGUCACAGAAUAAGAAGUCCUCUGAUGACUGCGAGGAAAAUCCAGUGGUGAAAUCUCUGCAGGAAAAAUUAGCCGCUGCCCAGCUGAAAGUGACCGAGUAUCGCAACCAGGUUCAGUCUGUCAAACAGGAGCUGAAAGUAGCUCAGAAGGUUUUAAUCAGUGAAGUUGGAGAGGAGGUCAACCUGCAGCACUUAUUAAGCUGCCCAGGGAGCUUUAGAGGUCGCUCUCAGCAGAUACUGGCUCUUCAGACACGGUUGCGGGACCUUGAGCAACAGCUGAACUCAACUCAGCGAAGACAGCCAAGUGUCCUGAGUGCAGAGGAAGAGUUUUUGGGCGUGGAGGUCCCUCACAGAACUCCUCCUCAAGACAGGAACCUGAGCUACAUCCGCAGCAUUGAGAAAGAGAAGAGGGAGGCAUUUGAGAGGAUCUCAGUGGACUACGAGGCCCUCCUGAAAGACCACGAGGAUGUGAAGAAAAAGCUGGACGCCUCUAAGGCCAGGAACAAAUCUCUGUCUACUGAAAUGAAAACCCUGAAGAUCCAGAUCUCAACCCUCCUGGAGAAGGGUAAACAUGAUGAUGAGCUUGUGGAUGCUCUGCUGAAGCAGCAGACCCAGAUGCAGGAGGUGCUUAGACGGCUCAGCCAGCAGCAGAAUGUACAGAACACGGGGACCCAGCAGAGCCCGAGACAACAGCUGAGGAGUGAGUGUUCAGAGCACAACACUGUCAUCCAGAAGCUUAAGGCCAAGAUCAAAGAACUAGAGGAGCGAAUCCAGCAGCUCUCUGUCAAGGAAGAGGGUGCAGAAAGACAGUCCAGCCUCAAGACAACAAGUUGCAGUUCAGGAUCUCUCCCUGAAGAGGGAGACAUUAACAAAAGAAUAAUAUCUUCAGGGGGCCCAAGUUCUUCAAAAUGUCCACAAUGUUCAGCUGAUGUGAGCGCACUGAUGACCCAGUGUACUGAAUAUAAAAUCCUGUCUGUGGAGAAGGACAGACUCCUUGAGCUCGUUAACGCCCUGCAGAAAAAAGAGAGAGAGAUGAACCAGAGGUUUUUGCAGGCAGAACAGAAGUACCAGGAGGAGCGCCGCAGGAUGGUGAUCCUGGAGCAGCAGCUGGAGAGGACACAAUUAGAUUCAAAGAGCAGCAUCCCUUGGAACCAGGGUGGUAGGAGUCUGUGAGCAACAGGAACUGUCCACAGACAAGCUCCAGCAAGACCGUUGCCAUUUGUGAACAUUUCAACUGUGACAACAUAUUGUAGGUGUCUAGAAUUGGUUCUGAAAACAAGCAAGAGUUUUGUUUUUCUAACUAUAAAAUGUAUACCAGACCACAGGAAUAAUGAUGCAUCGCAAUGGACACACAGUCUAUGGGUAGUGAUCAUUUUAACCCUCAUGUUUGGGCUGCACAGAGAUGUUCAUGUUGCUUUUGUAUGUUUGUCUCCUGGCUGGUCAUUCAGCUGGAGGACAUGGAGGCGCUGAGGGCAUCGCUAAAGAGCACUCUCCACCAUGACCUACAGCUCUGCAGUGACGUGAUGAGACAAGUCAAGCAUGUUUUCCUGCAGGCUCUGUGACAGCCCAGACAAGACACUAACCAGGGGAACUGGCUGGUCCCUGCUCAACCUCACGUCCAGCUGAGCCCUACCUUCUUCUGUCACACGUGACAAACAGCAGCCUGCAGGAAACAAGUUCCCCACUUCUUCCACACAAACAUCAUACAGAUUUCCGUCUUCUUCCUCAUUUUUACCCUCAAAAAUGUAAUGGUUCAUUUGUGCGUUUGGCUCAGUUUAACCACUUGAGGAGCAGAGCUUUCAACUUAACCCUGAUGGCACCAGACAAGUGUUUUUACUGAUUGUAGAAAUUUUUGACGCUGAUAGGAUGUCUCCCCAUGGUUUCAUAUAUCGUGUGCUUGCUGUUUCAUAAAUGUCACUGUCACAUUUUAUUAAAUCUAUGUAUGUCUUUUCCUCCCUGGCAACCAUGAGCGCAUUGCAGGUACAGACAGCAACAGUGUCGUUUUUUUUUUUUUUUAAACUAAUGGAACAUCCAAUUUAAUAAAUAAAAAAGGGAACCAGAGCCUCACAAAAUGUUUCAAAUAUAUUGUUUAUUUUCAUGGCUAUGACCUUUCUGGAGUUUUUUUUGGCUCCAGAUGGUUGUACAUAAAUGUGUGACAGGCCAAUCCAAAUAAUAAAAAGCCCAGUUAAGUUCCCAAAAACUUCAAUAUUUCUUUUAAAUAUUACUGCUAAUCACUUCUGACUUGAAACCAGCUGUGUGGGAAUAGUGGUUGAAAA